CUUCUUGCUGCAGAAGGCACAAGUUAUCCGAGGCACGAUGGCGGAGGAUUCCCCGGCGGGAGGACGCGGCGGCAUUAGUAGCUGCAAUGGGAAGGUCGACUCGCGAUGGGUUCGCGCCAUCCACCCUCCGGAUUACGCUCGCGUGCUCGGUCGCGGUCUGUGUCGCGAUGCAGUGAUGCAUCAUCUUAUAGUAAAUAAGAUCUGGUCUCGCUGCGGAUUCUACCUACAACUCGUUGGCUUCAUGUCAUUCGCCGCAUCGUAUAUGCGUCCUUCACCAUGAAGCUUCUUCUAGCUCUGUGGUCGCUCGGCGCCCUCGCGGCUGCGGACGUCGUACACCCGCCGGCCGUUCGGCUUCGUGACGAUGGCUCCUCCGAUGACUCGACCACCGUCGUCCCGAAGCGCUUCAUCGUAGAGUUCGAGGAGGGCGAGGACGUCGAAGCCGUGAAGCACACGUUCGAGGCCCACCCGGGCGUCUCGAUCGUGAAAGCUUUCGACUCUGAGAUCUUCGCGGGGCUCAGCAUUGAGACCGAGGACUUCAACACCGAGUCGCUGUCCGCCAUCCGCGGCGUGAGCCACGCGUGGCAGCUCCAGAAGAUCCCUCUGUUCGAGCAUACGCCCCAGCAGAUUUUCAACUCCGCCAUCGAGGCCGGGAAUUACUCCACCCACCAAGUGACCGGGGUCGACAAGCUCCACGCGCAAGGCAUCUACGGCGAGGGAGUCAGAAUCGCCGUCGUCGACACCGGUAUUGACUACAAUCACCCGUCGCUCGGAGGUGGCUUCGGCGAAGGAUUCAAAGUUUCUGGCGGCUACGACUAUGUCGGCGAUUCGUUGUGGCCUUACACUCCCAAAGAACCGGACUCGGAUCCCGUGGAUUACACGGGCCACGGAACUCACGUUGCGGGUAUCAUCGCCGGCACGAACCAAUACUGGAGUGGCGUGGCUCCCAAUGUCACGCUGUUGGCUUACAAGGUGUUCUCCUCUACUGGCACCACCGACGAAGAUACUCUGAUCCAAGCCUUCUUGGACGCUUACAAUGCCGAUGUUGACAUCAUCACCGCGAGCAUUGGUGCAACCAACGGAUUUUCGGAUAACCCAUGGGCCCUUGUGGCCUCCCGUAUUGUUGACGCGGGUGUUGUAGUGACCAUCUCCGCCGGAAAUUCGGGGGCCGCCGGUCCUUUCUGGGGCAACUCGGGCUCGGCUGGCGUCGGCGUGCUCUCUGUCGCAUCUGUAGAGGGAUCUCAGCUUCCCCUCGACCCUUUCAAGGCAACCUUCACCGACGCUGACGCGGUUUCGAACACGACCACGCUGGGGUACUCCCCUGCCACGUACAACUUCCCCAGCACCGUCGUCGACUGGCCGAUUCUGCCGCUCAACUUCAACACCUCGGCCGAGGCCGACGCUUGCGACCCCCUCCCGGACAACACCCCGAACCUAACCAACGUGAUUGCCUUGGUCCGCCGUGGCACGUGUCGAUUUUCGCAGAAACAGGCCAACCUCGAAGCUUUCGGCGCUCGAUACGUGCUCGUGUAUAACAACGAGAAUCCCUUCGGCCCCAUCUCAACGGACAACACUGUCAGCCUCCUGGCCCUGAUCACCGCCGAGGCCGGCGCCGCCAUUAUCGAAACCGUCAAGGCCGGCGGGUCCGUUACGGCCGAUUUCGCCGUCAGUCCGGACGCGGUUGUCGGCUUCCCCAACUCGAUCGGCAACUUAGCUAACACCUUCACGUCCUGGGGCCUGCUGUGGGAUCUCACCUCGAAACCCGAAAUAGCUGCACCCGGAGGUAACAUCUUCUCGACGUAUCUCGACGGCAGCUAUGCAGUCCUCAGCGGCACCUCCAUGGCGGCCCCUUACGUUGCUGGCGUUGCAGCGCUGUACAUCGGGCAGUUCGGAGGCCGCAAGGUGCACGGGGCAGGCUUCGCCCACGCGCUCUCGAAGCGCAUCAUCGCCUCUGGCUCUCCGCUUCCCUGGUAUGACGGGGCGACUAUUAACUACGACGCCGCCGCGCCGGUCCCCCAAGUAGGAAACGGGCUGAUCAACGCCUACAAGGUGGUCAAGUAUGACACCGACUUGGCUUUCGACGUGUUCAACCUGAAUGACACCGGCCACCUCCGGACCCAUCACCCGCUUACUAUUACCAACAACGGCAAGGUGCCGCUGACAUACAACUUUACCCUCCAGCCGGCAAUCGGUUUCGAAGGUUUUGCAAGCCCAGCGGGUGCCCUCCCCGUUGCUCCGACGUUCAGUGGGCUAGUUACGCAAGAGAUCGUCCCGGGCAUUGUCCUACCAGACAUCACCACUGUCAAUCCGGGGGAGUCCAAGACAGUGCAAUUCGAAUUUCAGCUUCCCACCGGCUUGAACUCGUCGCUGCUACCGGUGUUCAGCGGCAGGAUCGCCGUCGCGUCCGACAACGGAGAGCAGCUCUCUGUACCCUACGUUGGCGUCGCGGCCGAUCUGAAGACAGAACUCUCGACAUUAUUUGAACCGCCGUACCCUUGGUCCGUCUCGGGCCUCAGCCGCGAGAGCAUCCAAACCAAGUCGAACUACACGUUCAACCUCACCGCCCAGGACUUUCCCUUUGUCUACACUCGCCACCGGUGGGGAGCCAAGCAGAUCCGCUGGGAUAUCUUCGACGCCGACUGGAACGAGGACGACUGGGCUUACCCGCCAGUGGUGGGCGAGAAGAAAUACAUCGGGUCGGUGGCGUCGUGGAACGGCGCGCUCUACUACGGGAGCUUCCCGGUCGGCGGCAACCCCGACGACGUGUCCCCGCUCCCGGCCGUCAACGUCUACCGCAACGGCCAAAUCAGCAACAGCUACUGGGCCUACGCCUGGCUCGGAAAGCUGGCCAACGGCUCCUACAUCGCUCCGGGCCAAUACAGGUUCCGCUUUGCCGCCCUCGUCCCGUUCGCGGACCCCGAGGGGUCGGACAGCUGGGAUGUCUUCGAGACUCCCGAGAUCACGGUCCUGCCGUACACCACGCCGACUGACCAGGUUCGCGGGUAGUAAAUCCGGGCGGCGUCCGGCCCGGGGGUCUGUGAAAAUGGAUUUAAUUUGAUAGCGUGACUCUUCUCCGCAUGUAAUACUCGCUUGUUUGUUGCCCUCCUGCUUCGAGAUGCGAGCGGCCUGAGGGUGUUGAGGUUUGCUGGGCAAGAGGGAUAUUCGGAUAAUAAUAUACUAC